AUUGAUCGAGUUGGUUGGAUCAUGGGUGUGGAACGCAGCUACAAGUUCUUCGCCCGCAACGAGAACCCAGAAUGUAUAAAGCAGCACCACACACGCAUCUCUAGUGAGCUGCAUCUAGCUACUAUUGUCUGUUCAUCACUGACAUUCAGUCAGAAUCCAGAAGGAUCGGAAAUUAUCCCAAUGAUCGCAUCUUCUUACACUCUCGCAGCCACCGCAAUGUCUAUUGUAGUGGUUGUGGUGGGAAUGCCACUAGGCCGCCGAAAUUCAAUCCUACUCGGCGCGGUGUUGAUAUUCUUCGGUGGAAUCAUUCAAGCGGCGUCAUACUCUGUAGCUCAGAUUAUCGUUGCUCGAGUCAUAUGUGGCUUCGGUAUCGCGCUUAUUACUUGCAACGUCCCUAUGUAUAUGUCGGAGAUGAGUAUUCAUGCCAAUCAGCGCGGCCCUGAGGUGGCAAUCAACUGCUCGUCGCUGCUGGCAGGCAUUGCUUUAUCUUACUGGGUGGACUUUGGAUUUACUCGAAUGUCAAAUCAGCUGUCCUGGCGAUUGCCUGUUGCCAUCCAAUCCAUUUUCGCUUUCAUUUCCGCUGCUGGCAUGUUCCUCUGUCCCGAUACCCCAAGGUGGUAUUAUGCAAAAGGACGAAACGUUGAAGGCGAUUCCACCCUGGCAAGACUAUACAAUGUCUAUCGCGCUGGCACUAGCGCUCAACCCGAGAACGCUGCAAUGGAGAUCGUCAAAGCUGAAAUCAUGCAGAGCAUCCAGGUGGAAGCGGAACAAGAGAACCGACUCAGCUGGGUAAGCCUUGUCUGGGACGACACCCCGCUCCGCGUUGGCCGUCGCAUACGGAUCUCAUUCGUUAUACUGUCCAUUCAACAAAUGAUGGGUAUCAACAUUAUGGUUUACUACAUGCCCCUUAUCUUUUCGAAAGUCGGCCUUUCAAGCUUCGUAUCGCCCCUCAUUUCCGCUGCAGCAUUGACAGUCCAAUUUACCGGCUCGUUGGUUACUAUCCCUACAAUAGAGAGGAUUGGCCGGCGUCGAAUCAUGCUGGUCUCGGCUGCCAUCCAGACUUGCUGUAUGCUUGCUUUUGUGGUUCUAAAUGGUCUUCCUAGUAAGUCCGAGAAGACUCAAUGGGCAGCCGCUGCAAUGAUGUUCCCGUAUCUGUUCAUGUACGGCUGGGGAUGGGUUACUUGUCCGUGGUUAUAUGGACCCGAGAUUGCUCCACUUAAGUAUCGCCACAUAGGAGCUGCAGUCGGUCUGUUCGGCGAGUGGCUAUUCAGUUUUGUGACCGUGAUUGCGGGUGGAAUUGGACUCGAGACAUCAGGUUGGACGAUAUGGAUCUGGCCACUUGUUUUCAACGUGCUAGGCUUUGUCUUCGUUUAUUUCAUAUGUCCUGAUCCGACCGGGAGAAUCCUUGAAGAAAUCGACGCUCUAUUUAUCAAAGACAUCAACUUGGCAGACAGACUUUCUGACGAGAAGCUAUCUAUGCAUCAAAUCGAGAACACCGCUUAA